UUUUCUCAAAAUGCCAAUGCUAGCCGAUCCUUCCGUGAAGUACAAGAGAUACACCCCUAUUGAUCUCCCAGAUCGCAAAUGGCCGUCUGCAAAGUAUGGCGACAAGGUUCCGAUCUGGCUGUCCACCGACCUCAGGGACGGCAAUCAAGCUUUGGCAAACCCUAUGACCAUUGAGCAGAAGACUACCUUCUUCCGCCAGCUGGUCAAGUGCAAAGUGAAGGAGAUCGAGGUUGCAUACCCGGCAGCCAGCGACACAGACUUCAACUUUGUUCGCGGCCUCAUCGAGAAUGGAGAGAUCCCCGACGACACCUGGAUCCAGGUCCUCACCCCAGCCCGAGAAGACUUGAUUCGACGAACAAUCGAAGCAGUCGCCGGCGCCAAGCACGUCAUCCUGCAUAUGUACAACGCUACUUCGCCCACCUUCCGGAAUGUCGUCUUUCGACAUACGAAAGAACAAACUAUCGAUUUGGCAGUACGACAUACCAAGCUCGUCCGUCAGCUGACCGAUGAGUGCACCGCGAAGUACGGUACCAUCUUCAAGUACGAGUACAGCCCCGAAACCUUCACUCAGACGGAACCCGAGUUUGCGGUUCAAAUUUGUGAAGCAGUCAAGGCAGCUUGGGGAAAGGCAGGGCCUGGGGAGGAUCGUAUUAUCUUCAAUCUUCCUGCAACUGUGGAGAUUGCACCUCCGUCACAUUAUGCUGAUCAGAUUGAAUACUUCUGUCGCAAUAUCAGUGAGCGAGAGAAAAUCAUCGUCAGUUUGCACCCGCACAAUGACAGAGGUACUGGCAUUGCCGCUGCUGAAUUGGGCAUGUUCGCUGGCGGCGACCGUAUUGAAGGUUGCUUGUUCGGAAACGGCGAGCGUACAGGAAAUGUCGACCUCGUCAACUUGGCUCUGAACCUGUACACACAAGGUAUCAACCCCGGCCUCGACUUCAGCGAUAUCCAGUCCGUUAUCGACACCGUCACCCAAUGUAACGAUCUUCCCGUCCACCCUCGCCAUCCGUAUGCUGGAGAGCUCGUCUUCACCGCUUUCUCUGGAUCCCACCAGGACGCUAUCAAGAAGGGCUUCGAGGCGCAGAAGAUUCGUCACACCACCGGCGUCGACCAAUACUGGGACAUGCCGUACCUCCCCAUCGACCCUGCCGACCUUGGCCAGAACUACGAGGCCGUCAUCCGUGUCAACUCCCAGUCCGGAAAGGGUGGUAUCUCCUACCUCAUCAAGCAGCAUUUGCACCUGGACAUGCCCCGCAAGAUGCAGAUCGCGUUCUACCAGGUUGUGCAGGCCGUGGCCGAUCGCGAGGCUCGGGAGAUGACCGUCGAAGACAUCACCACCGCUUUCCGCUCCCAUUACCACUUUGGCUCCAAGUACGCUGGUCGCUUGGUUCUUAGGAACUUCAAGAUCUCUGCCGAACCCAGUGACGACCCCGAUUCGAACAGCGACCAUGGAGCUGACGAGCGCAAGCAAUUCGAUGGUACCAUCUCUGUCGACGGUGUUUACCGUGUUGUCCGAGGUAACGGCAACGGUCCUUUGUCUGCUCUCUUGGACGCCCUGAAGACACACCUGGACAUCGACCUCGCCAUCCGCGAGUACACCGAACACACUACUGGAGAAGGCCAGGACGCCAAGGCUGCUUCCUACAUUGAGGUGGUACCCGCCGACGACAGGAAAUCCACCAAGUCUUGGUGGGGUGUGGGCCUCGACGCUGACAUCGCCGAGUCUGGUCUCCGUGCCUUGCUCAGCGCUGUCAACAGUGCCAUUGGAGACCGACCUCUUCCUGAGCUCAAGCUGUCCGUCGGUUUCAACGCUGCCUCAGGCCACGACGACAUCUCUAGCCGAGUCCUCAACGCCCUUGGAUUGGAGCUUCCUCGUCGCCUGCAGGCUUCAUUCUUCGAGGUCGUUCAACGCGCUGCCAGGGACAACGGCGGUGAAAUCUCAUACGAAGCCCUUAUCAAUCUUUUCCAGACGACAUACCGAUACCUCUCACCCGACACCACCGCACCUUCGUUCGCUCUGGGACAGUUCAAGUUGGAGCAAGUUGGCGAAGGCUCUGGCCGGCAGUUCGUUGGAGAGAUUUUGUUCAACGGCGAGAAGCGCAAUGUCACUGGACAAGGCAACGGCCCUCUGUCUUCGGUGGUUGAUGCCUUGCAUCCCUUCAUCGAAGGCACACUCUCCAUUCGAGAAUACUCGGAACACUCGAUCGGCGAGGGUACCGAAGUGCGCGCCGCAUCAUAUGUCGAACUUGUGUAUGAUGUCGGUGGAAACAAGAAGACCAGUGCAUGGGGCAUUGGAACGGAUACUGAUAUUACAGCAUCUGGUAUCCGAGCCGUUCUGAAUGCGGCGAGCGGCCUGGAUGUGGUUUUGAAGAAAAACGCGGCGUCAUAAUCUGAUAGGCGCACGAAAACUCUAACUACAAUUGUAUUAUAUCUUGUACAUAGCUCCAUUUAACCUGGCGGUGUAUUCGACUUUGCUUCUCUGUUUAUGGGCAA